AGGGUGCAGCAGUGUGAGCGUAUGUUUACGUUAUGCACCACGCACACAGGCACGCGCGCGUCGAGCGAGGCAAUGAUGUGCACAAAGUAUUAUCCCUUAUUACACGAUCCGCUUCCGCGCUGGCUGCACGUACAAUAGUUGUCAGUCGACCUCUUUUGUAGAGCGGUGUGCGAAGUUUCAGUUUGUUUACGAAAAGCCGAGCGAUGCAUAGUGCGUUAGUUAGCGCGAUUGUGUCAUCGACCGAGCGUCGGUUAUCGCUAAAUUGCGAGUGAUUCACGGACAAUGCUCGCUGUGGAGUUUUCGCAAAAACUUUUUGUGUAUCUGUGAACUUUUGAGGUCGUAACUUGUGAUCUCCUUGCCGCCAAAUCGAACUGUGACUGUGUCCAAGUGUUGAGUGAACUUUGUGUGAUUUAUAAACAUUUUUAAUAUUUUAUUUAAGAUUGAAAAAAAAAAUUGAACUUUUAUAUCGCCACAAAGUUUGGAAAUAUUUCGUCGAAAUUAAAGUACAGUUGGCAAAAAAAUUUAAACAUUAUAUUGGAUGAAAAUUGAAAACAUCACACGAGAGCGAAGUGCAUAAAACGCGCACAGCAUUUAUGUAUACAAAACAAACCGCAAUCUGUCCACGCUUCUUCCGUCGAAAAAGGCGUUGUGAGAGACAAAGAUGGCAAUAGCAUUCAACUUGCCGAGCGAGAGAGAGGCGACAGAGGAGAACUUUUCACGUUUGAACCGGCUCCUAGCCGAGUUGUACGAGGUCCUAUGCCACAUCUUGGUAUCGCGACAACCUGGCCAAGAAGUGCAGGACAAUCGCCGAGAUCGCCCUUUCUCCGAGUCUGACAUCGAGCGUCCAUCACAAUCGCCUCCAUUCUGCCGUUUAUCUGCAUCAUCACCACCUUUAACCUUUCCACUCGACAUGGACCUUGACGACGACGUAUUUGUCAGCCCUAGAACAGACAGCGGGAACGAUCCCUUCUCGACCACAAACAUAGAAAUAUUCAGAUAUGGCAGCCCUAGGACACCCGCGGGAGUACUAUUGAGUCCUAGACGGGAUUCCUCCUUCAGUUUUCUGACGAGCGAGAAGCAUUGGCGGGAUAAGGGCGGGACAGACGUGGCUGAUGGAAUUAUGGACACUGAUGUGACGGAUGCCGCUUUACCGCAAUGUACAGACGAAAAAGGAUCUUCAGAAAGCUCAAUAUUCUCAUCAAUAAUACCAGACAAGCUCUCCGGGUCCAUUUGUACUGCUGUCCUCUUCAUGCUUGGAUGGAAACUAUUGUCAAAUAAACGGUGAACAAAAUGCCAUAAAUAUGUAUCUAAUUUUUAAGUCUACUCUCGUCUGUUAUUAUAUAUAUCACAUUUGUAGAGAGUCAAUUAAUCGGGACCAGGUAUAGGUCCCGGAACAACCCCAAAUUGUAUCUUGUAUGAAUAAGUAUUGAUGUUAUAAUCACAGAUUUAGAAUGUUCUAUAUUUUGGAAGAGGACAGCUCAAUGAGUGAUUUAUUUGAAUUUAUCUUUUUCGGAUAUAGUAGCUUUCGUGUGCAAAGAAUUCCGAUACUAUUUUUCUUUCUUUAAUGAACGAUUCUUGAUUACUUACUUAACACAUUGAGCCCUGAGCGGUCCGAUCGGUCCACGACACAAUAGAUUUUCUAUUGUGUCUGUGAUUCCGGGGCCUGAGUUAUUAAUAUUAACAUCAAAUCCAAAAUAAUAUGAAAAUCAAUAACAUUAAUCGUCUUCGUCAGAUAAUUAACUUCAAGAAAAGUGAAAAUAUGACCAUUUUGUAAUCCAAGUCGAGCAGAGAAACAAUUUCAUGAAUUCACUAUAUACGAAUAUUAAUUAUAUAUACCCAAAAAUAUACGAAUAUUUAAAUCUGUGAUUAUAAUAUAACAUUGGCAGUUAUUUGUAUACUGUUAUGCCCAUGUAAUUAUGUAGAGAUACUGUAUAAAUUGUUAAUAAAUCAAAACCUAUAUAUUCUCAGCUUAGUAUUAAAGGUAUUUAACCUAAUUCUAAAUUGACUAUUUGUAUAUUGUUUGAAAAUUUAGAUAUUUGAAUAAUGUAUUACUGAUUGUAAAACGCACAAUUUUCAUGUUUUAUACCUAUAUACUUACGA